CGCAUCUUUUCUCUAAUCUUAUCGGUCCAUCGGCCUCGUUUCCUCCGACGUCAACACGGAUGUUGAACGACUACCCUGCUACCAGUCAUACUCCGAGUAUUAUAUUCAACUCUACCAAAACCCCCCAUCAAUGAGUGUUUGCCCAUUGUUCAUUAAUUGUAAUGUAAAUGGGACAGUAAAAUAUGCAUCAUGAGCAACUUCCCCCACAAUCUCCUCGGCGAGUGGACCGCACAGCUCUCCAACCAUGCCGGCAAAACAAAGCAGUCACACCCGUCCUACUGGGCAGAUGAUCCAUCAGUAUUACAUACCAGCUGCACAAUCAACAACGCACUCCUCGGGACCGGGGAAGCACUUAUAUCUAGCAUCUUGCCUUCUAUUCUCUCAGCCCAGCAUGAAAUUCUCAUCGUGACAUGUUUCUGGGCGCGCUCACCGUCUCAAGCCGCCAUCGGGGACGCUCUCAAGCAGCUCUCCGCGCAAGCUAUAUCCCGCGGAGCACACAAGAUCCGCGUACGAAUAUGUUUCUCCUCACUAUCAUUUACUCAGAAACUGUUCCACACGUUUUCUCGACAUGGACAAACAUACCCGUCUUCAACGUGGGUCAAGAAAUUCGGACUCCCGCAUCCAGACGAAUUAUCUGGCCUUGAUCUCGAAAUCAAAAGCCUCUUCUUUCUCCCUUUUAGCGUGAUACAUCCCAAAUAUAUCAUCAUUGAUCGCAACCAAGCAUGGUUGCCGAGCUGCAACGUCAGCUGGGAGUCGUGGUUCGAAGACUGCGUGGCGUUUCAGGGGAACGCGGUGCGGAAAAUGUUGGUCUUUCAUCAUCACGUUUGGGGCCAUGAUGUCCAUGAUGUUCUGGACAAUUACUCUUCUCCGACUUUUUCAGAAAACUCAACCAGCCCUUCAAUCGACUUGAACACGUCUUCAGCAUUAAACCAAGUCAUAAAAGCUCUUCCUGAUACACCAUACCCCGACAUACCCACACUCAUUCUUCCUUCCCCGCACCACAUCAAUCCGCGCUUCAGAUUUCUUCUUCCUUUUCUACGCGCCCCCUCGCCGCCUCCUACCCCGCUAAACAUCUUCACCCUCACGCUCCUCGCCCACGCGCAUACAGAAAUAUACAUGCAGACUCCGAACCUGACGUCACCGCCUGUCGUGGAUGCCGUUAUUGAUGCACUGUCGCGCGGCGUGGCUGUCACGAUUGUGACAAAUCGCACAAUGAUGUUUCUCGAGCAACUGGUCACAGCGGGGACGCUGACGGAGAUUUGUAUCUGGCGGCUAGUCAGGCGGUACAAGGCCUUGCUUAGAUCUGCUGGUGUUGGUUCUAGCGUUAGGUCUGGCGUUCGUGCUCGCCUUGGGUCGAAACGUAAAUCCUCAGUACAACCAUCACCAGCUUCCCCGGGUCCUAUCCAUCCAGAGAACCUUUCUUCUAGCCCAGACGUCGAUGUGGAGUCUGGUCUCCGAGCACCAACUUCACCAACUCACCCAGAUUCAUCUCCCCAACAGCGUAUUGGUCGUCUACGCAUAUAUUACUACAAGCCCCGUCUCGACUCGGACCGCACCUCCGUAUUUGAUUCAAACUCUUCCCAGGUAGAUUUACAACCAGGUUUGGGCCCAGGACGUGCAUCAUCAUCAUCCCCAUCACAUCCAGACCAAGAAACACUUCCAUCUCCACCUCCGCAUCCAGAACCAGUCAAAUCCCACUUGAAACUGCUCAUCGUCGAUUCUUCCACUGUCCUGCUCGGCAGCGGCAACAUGGAUCGGGCAAGCUGGUAUACGAGUCAAGAACUGGGCGUUGCAUUCUCUUCCGAAUCGUUCGCGGGGACGAUGUUGCAGAGUAUUAGUGACCAGAUCAUUUCUGCGAAGAGGGGAGAGGUCUAUUUUGCUUCGUAA